CAGAUAUAAAAAAGCAUUUUACUAGACAAUGCAUGUACUCAAUCCUUAAUAUCAAAAUUUAGGUUACAUAUUAAUUGUCAUUUCUGACAUUGUAUCUUUAUUCAGUUCGGAUUAUCAUUCAGAAAUUUUUCGUAUAGAUACGAGUGUUAAAAUUUAGUAAAAUGAUCGUAUUACCAGCUCCUCCUCCCAAAGACUAUGAUCUCGACGACAUCAACAAGAGUCUUGUGUCCUCACAUCUAUUUACUCCCUGCGGUGAACCAAGAAUAACAUUUCCGACCAUUGCCAAACAAUGUGUCCCUAUACCUUACAGAGAAGAUGAAGAAGCCGAUUUAAGCAAAGUACCGAGAAAAAAACCGCAUCGUAAGAUUCUAGAAAAAUUAAUGUUUGAUGAAAAAUAUUCGUGGGUCACAACGCAGGGCAAAGAUGACUUCUUAAUUCACGAUAUGUUCAAGAAAUACGCAGUAGCAUCGCCUAUUUACGAUCCUAGGUUUAUGCAUAAAGAAAAAAUUUUCAAUCGGUCCUGUCAAUAUGAGGUGGGCUGCAUGGACGAUUUAAGAUUGGAAAAGCUGCACAAAAAGAACAUAUUCGAUGAGAAAGUGUUUGAAUACCACUAUCGAAAACUGUUAGAAAAAGAGAAUGCCAAGCGACCACCCGCCAUCUAUAUACGGCCCUGUAAAGAAGAACCACCGUUUUGGUGGCCGCUUCCGCCCGAUCAGAAAGUUGAGAAAAAAGAAUUUAAGAUAGAUUUGGAGGCGAAAGAACCGCCCAGAUAUUUCGAGGAACCGAAUUUAACCGCCAUCGUCAGGGACGAUCCAUGUAAAAGAAAGAAGGAUAUGUCGUUAGUCGGUCGUUCGUUCAAACACCAUGCUUGCUUGUGGUAUUUUGAAAAAUAUCCACCGCCGAACAUAAAAUUCCGACCGAAAAGAUUGGGGCAAUGACUAAAGGCGAUCAAAAUAAAAAAUGCAUGUCUGCAUGUAGAAGAAAUAAGUAAAACAUUGUGAUUGUUUAUUUUUUUUUAAUAAAUGAGAUUGUCAAAA